UCGCUCGACUCGUCUCCCCACCACUCUCACGAAACACCUUUCGCAACCAACACCAAUAAGUUGUAUAUAUCGAAGUAUCCAACUCACGAAAUUAUUUCAAAAUGGAACUCCGGACUAUUUUCUUGCUGCUUGCAAGCUUCCUCACUUUCGGGGCAACGAACGCGCAAUUCGGCUUCUUCGACCAAAUGUUCGGUGGUAGCGGCGGCGGGCACCAGCAACAACAACAAAACGUACGCAGCGAUGCGCAGUGGUAUCAAUCGCAAUACGAAGGAGCGCACUGCGACAAAUACCUGUGUCCCGGCACACUCUCCUGCGUUCAUUUCCCCCACCACUGCCCAUGCGCCUGGGAGACUGUCGAAGAGAAGGCAGAGCUCGGCGAUGGCAUCUCGAUUUGUGCGAGUAAAGGUGGUUAUAAGGAAGGUGAGACGUUGAAGAAGAUUGAGUUGGCUAGGAAGGGGCUGCUAUAA